GAUAAGGAAGGAGCACAGCAAGGUGGGACAAUGGAAAACAGUUGAGAAGCCCAAAAUUCCUGGCCGUAGCGCAACCCGAUGGCCCAGCCCCUUGAACUGAGGCCCCGCCUUUCUGCCAGCCGAUUGGCCUAGCUAGCACUACCUUGAGUCACUAGCCUGCCAGGAGCGGCUGGCCACGCCCACCUGUUGUGUCGCUCACCACAUUUUAGUUUCAGGAUUGUUGCGUCUGUUCACCUAUCUCAAAACUUGCUCUCUGGCUUCCUGACGCCCAUUUUCCUUUCAGUCUGGUAACAUGACGGCGGCGCCUCUCACGCCAGACCCAACGCAUCCCCGUCGCAGAAGGAAGAGCUACACUUUCUUCUCCCUGGGCAUUUACGCUGAGGCCCUUCUGUUUCUGCUGUCUAGUUUAUCUGAUGCCUGUGAACCACCAACAUCAUUUGAAGCUAUGGAACUCAAGGAUAAGCCUAAACCCCAUUAUGCGAUUGGAGAGAUAAUAGAAUAUACAUGUAAAAAAGGAUACCUAUAUCUGUCUCCAUACCCAAUGACUGCUAUCUGUCAGCCAAAUCACACAUGGAUCCCUAUUUCAGAUCAUGGUUGUAUUAAAGUUCAAUGUACUAUGUUACAGGACCCUUCGUUUGGCAAAGUACACUACAUAGAUGGUAGAUUUUCAUGGGGUGCUCGAGUUAAAUAUACUUGUAUGAAUGGUUAUUACAUGGUUGGUAUGUCAAUUCUACAGUGUGAGCUUAAUGGCAACGGUGAUGCAUUCUGGAAUGGCCAUCCCCCAAGUUGUAAAAAAGUCUAUUGUUUACCACCUCCAAAAAUAAAAAAUGGAACACACACCUUUACUGAUAUAAAAGUAUUCAAAUACCAUGAAGCAGUAAUUUACAGUUGUGAUCCUAACCCAGGGCCAGAUAAGUUUUCCCUUGUUGGACCGAGCAUGCUAUUCUGUGCUGGCCAUAACACCUGGAGUAGCAACCCUCCGGAGUGUAAAGUGGUAAAAUGUCCAUUUCCAGUGCUACAAAAUGGAAGACAGAUAUCAAGAACUGAAAAAAAAUUUUCCUAUCAAGCACUAGUGCUGUUUGAGUGUUUGGAGGGAUUUUACAUGGAGGGCAGUAGCAUGGUGGUCUGUGGUGCUAAGAGCUCUUGGGAGCCCUCUCUCCCACAAUGUCUUAAAGGUCCUAAGCCUUCUCAUUCUACCAAGCCUCCAGUUUACGGUGAAUCAGGAUAUCCUAGUCCCCGUGAAGGAAUAUUUGGCCAAGAAUUCGAUGCAUGGAUCAUUGCUUUGAUUGUUGUUACUUCAGUUGUUGGAGUUAUUGUAAUUUGUCUCAUCAUACUCAGGUGUUCUGAGUACAGGAAGAAAUGGGUUUCACUGUGUAGCUCUGAGUAUCCUUGAACUCACUUUGUAGACCUGCCUCUGCCUCCCAAGUGCUUGGAUUAAAGGCUGCACCACUACACUCAGCCAUAAUGUCUAUCUCUCUCUCUAUAUGUGUGUUUGUGUAUCUUUUAUUUGUAGAAGUGUUUUGUUUACAUGUAUGUAAAUGUACAUGCCUGGUGCACAAGGAGGCUAGAGUAGGGCACCAGAUCCCCUGGAACAGGAAUUACAGCCAGUUGUGAGCCACCACAUGGUUUGAGGAACCAGACCUAGAUUUCUCUACAAGAAUAAGUGCCUUUUACCACUCAGCCAUCUCUCCCACCCCUCAACACCUCAUCUGUGUAUAACUUUUUCAAGAGUGGGUUAACAGUGACCUUUAUUUAACUUUUUUUGUGCUAUCUUCUUUAUAAGAUUUAUUUAUUUAUACGAGUACACUGUCACCAUCGUCAGACACACUAGA